CACAAAAUAAGCAAGGUCACUCAUGUUUAGCGUCUACCAUUCCUAGUACUGGUACCAAGGAAACAAGUGUAGUGAACUUAGUUUUAAUUCCUUCAGUCGAAACGUUAUGGCAUUUGCCCCACCGAGAGCUGUUGGAGCACGCAGUGUCCAAUCCCUAGAAGAAUACAACACUCCAAGAGCACCGCUCAGGCGACAAGUAUCACUAGAUGAGGAGAGAAGAGAUGACUGUCAAGGCCACUGGAGAGGACCUUACCUUGAGGGUGAGGAAGAGGAAAAGGGGGUGAGGUUAUUCAGAGCAAUGCUGUUACAGCAUCUGAGACUUGAAGAGUUGCGCCCUCCGCCGUGUAUGAUCGCGUCUGCUAAUCCUGAUCAGAGGGGCUGGUGGAUGUACUGGAGAGACUGGAGAGCUCUGGAGCGCGCUGCUCGAAGGUUCCGGGAAACGAAGGCCAGAGCGCGAUUAGCGUCCAGAGCUGAGCACAUUCCUCUUUUAUGUCUAGAUGAAGUAGAGUUUGAAGACAUUAUGCAAGAGAUAUGUCAGGCUUGUGUCCACAUAGAGCAGCGUGCUUUAGUGGUGAUGGCAUUUCUAUGUGAGGUGGUGGCCCGAGCUGUGAGAGUAGGUGGAUGGUGUCGAGCAGCUGACUGGGCUGCCAGACACGUGGCCCAGUGCGCCACACCGUGGGCCAUCAGGCAUGGAGGAUGGAGUGCUGUAGUGGAGCGAGCAGGUGGUUCGCGAAGAGAAGAUACUCUUAUAGCUGGGGCAGCAAUUGCAGCACUGCUGGCGUUUUUAUUAUUCUGUCGUACCCGUCUACGUCAUGCUCUUCUUUAAGUUUUGGUGGUGAUGAGGUUGUUCUUUAUCUAUGUUCCAAAUCCUCGUUGACGACGGACGGAGACUACGUUCUGGAGAAGCUCAAAAGGGUUCUGGAGACUUAAGGAUUCAAAUUUCAAAGCAAGCAGUUUCAAAUCUCACCUAUGGGUCUAUUGAUCUUAGCUGAAGAUAAACGUUUGUGGCGGAAAUUGAAUAUUAUAUGCCUACAAGAAAUCAUGCAAAAAUACAAGAUACAAUUGAUUUGCAAACUAUUUGCAUUUAAGAAAGACAAACUUGUUGGUCUUGUGUACACUAUUGAUAAUACUAAUUAUUGUAAAUGCUCGUUAAAAAUUAACUACGUUUAUGAAAACUUAAAUAAAUUAUUUGAAGUGCUUGGACGGAAAUUAUGUUUCCCUUUCUAUUCAAAUUGUGUAUAUGAAGCUAUUUAUAGCAAGUUUUUAUUAGUCUCUUCAGCUAUAUUGAAUAACUUGAAACGUUGUAUUUUGCUGAUAUAUUUUAUCUAUAAUUAUCGUGAUUGAACUGACUUACUGCUAGGGCUAGUUAGGUCAUUUGUGUAACUGUUUGGUGUUUCUUAUUUAGAAUCAAAUCACUAAACUUUUUUUAUUACUUCCAAGGUACGAGACUCUAUUUUAUAUUCACUAUGAAAACCAACACGAAAGUUUUUCAAUAUUAAACACUGAAUAAGUAAAAUGGUCUGUUUAGGAGAAAGAUCUUAAGGUGUAAACAGUUGUACACAAAUCUUUUAACUCAACCAUAAUGGACUUAUCAGUAUUUUCUGUUUUUAAAUUUAGUUCAAUUUACGCAACGUUUAUUCCUAAGAUGUUCGUAGUUUUAGAAAAGUCGAUUUUGUUUAGGUAACCUAGAGAUUUGUGUACAAUCGUCCCAACUGAAUAUUUUUGAAUGUUUUGAUGAUGUUUUUUAGUUAUUGUUUUGUUCUGCAGUUGAUCGUCAUCGUCGAGCGAGAAGGUUUACAUUUAUACGUUUCUUUCUUCUUUAUUGUUAUUAUUUUCUACUGGUCAGAUAUUAUCGUGUUUGUAACCGAACCCUUGGUCAUUUUCUAAUUGUUUUAUGUACUACUUGAUUAAAUAUUGAUAAGUUAAAUAUAACAUAACAUGAACUUCAUAGAUAAUGCGUAGAUUAUCUAGAUAGGUACUUUUCACUAUAUUAAUUGGAGGAAUGAGAAUAAAUUUAUUUAAAAAAACGCCAAAAGUAUAGAAAAAAGAUAUCGUGAUGAGAUAUUGUGUUUUCAUUUCCAAUAAUUGUUCCAAGUUACUAUGUAACUCUUAAGGAAACUUUGUCUCUAAUCGUGUGUUUAUUUAUAUAACUAAAUUUACUCAUGCUUUUCUCAAGACUCUGUUAUUCAUUAUGCUUGACCGUCCGAAAAAUUGAUUCAAAUAACCGUGUUACUAUAUUUAGUUCGUUAUACCAGCGUUGCAUAUUAAAUGUGUGUGACAUUAAAUAGGUUAAAUAAUUAAUGUUGUCUGUAUACAUUUUCUUUCUAUGGUUAUAAAUAUUUCAAGUACUUGCUUCGAUACUAAAAUCUUUAUGCUUAAGAAUUAUCAUUUUGCAUAUUGAUGCAUCCAAGUAAUUAAUAUGUUCGCGUUUAUACUUUUAACAAGCUUUUAUUUAUCUUGACGCUUAUUAAGCUAGUAUUUUUUUUAUCCGUGGGUAAAAUCUUGGAUACUAAAUUAGAACCAUUUCUUAACAUUUUGUUCGAUUAAAUUUGCUACAAUACGCGUGUCUUCGCGUUCGCUGACUGCAGUAAUUACCUCAGAGUUGGUCUGAUAGCGGUGUACGUUGCCAUAGGAACUCUUGAAAUAAAUUGAAAAAAUUGGCAGUUAUAGAGAGGACUUCCGAUUGCUAUCGGCAGUCUAGUCUUCACUGCUGGGAUAACUUAUAUACUGCUAUAAGCAUGUCCAUCCAAAAAGUGUGGUUCAUAACUUGGUAAAGUAUCAGGUGCUUAAAGUUGCAUUUAUAUAAAAGCUUGUUCUUCUUAAUAUAUUGUCAAAUAUAAUUUUUACAUAUUUUGUAAUAUGUCACUGAUUUUGUAACUUAAUUUUUAAUCUUAUUUCGUUAAGUGAAUAAACUUAAUCAUUACCAAUUUUGUCAUUGUGUUAGUUACUUAGCUUGUGUCUUGUCAUUGAUGUUUGAAUUUAAUUAGUUAGUAAAUAAUUAUUGUCUAUAUUCCUAUUUAUUAAUAAAUGUUAUUCAUUCAGAUUUUAUAAAGAGGUGUAGUAUGUAAUACAAAAUUAUCAUAUUUUUAUGUACUUGCUGG